AUGGGGAAGAAGAAGAACCAAUCUAAUAAGAAACCAGACACACAAGGCGGUAAAAAGAUGGGACCAGACGCAGUGGCCAUGAAAGCCAAGGCCAAGAAGGCCGACAAUCCAUUCGAAUCGAUCUGGUCUCGCCGCAAGUUCGACGUCCUCGGGAAGAAGCGCAAAGGCGAGGAACGCCGCGUGGGUCUCUCCAGGUCCCGCGCCGUCGACAAGAGGAAGAACACGCUGCUUAAAGAGUACGAGCAGAGCUUGAAAUCUUCGGUUUUUAUGGAUAAGCGUAUCGGAGAGCAUGAUAACGAGCUUGGGGAGUUCGAUAAAGGUGUAAUCCGAUCUCAGAGAGUUCGUCAGUUGAAAGCGAAGAAGAGUAUGUAUAACUUGUCUGAUGGGGAGGAACAUGUUUAUGGAGAUGGUGCUCUUGGUGAAUCUUCUUCUGCAAGGGAUGAUUUUGACUCUGUACAUUUGUCUGAUGAAGAUCUUCAGGAUGAUGGUGAUCGGGAAGAUGCUGGGUCAAAUAGAGUGAGGCAUCGGCACAAUGACUCGCCUGAAGAGGAAGAGAGGCGUAAGAGCAAGAAGGAAGUCAUGGAUGAGAUCAUCAUGAAGAGCAAACUUGGCAAGAUGGAGAAAGCUAAGCACAAGGAGGAAAAGGAGAAGUUGUUGGAUGAUCUGAAUAAAGAACUCAUGUCCUUGGAAAACUCUGACGCGAUGAAGAGUUUAACUCAAGAUUUUACCGUCAAAGACGAGCCACAUGAUAAAUAUGCAAUGUAUAUGGAUGAUUUGGCGUCGGAUCGUCGUGGUCGUCCUACUGAUAGAACAAAGACACCUGAAGAAAUUGCCCAGGAAGAGCGUGAAAAGUUGGAGGAACUUGAGGAUAAACGUAAGAAGAGGAUGCAAGAAACUGAUGAUUUGAGCGACGAAGAUGAGGAAACUGGUGGUGAGGAAUCAUCGAAGAGGCUAAGAGUCAUCUCUGGCGAUGAUCUUGGUGAUUCCUUCUCAGCUGAUGCGGAGCAGCCGAAAAAGGGAUGGAUUGAUGAAGUUCUUGAACGAGAGGGUGAUGAUGAGGAUUCAGAAAGUGAAGGAGAGGAAGAAGAUGAUGAUGAUGAGGAGGAGGAGUCAGAUGGGGGUGAUGAGAAACAGAGAAAGGGUCAUCCUUUAAAGGACUGGGAACAAAGUGAUGAUGAGCUAGAGGCAGAGCUGGAAGGUGAUGAUGAUGAAGAAGAAGAAGAAGCGGAGCCAAUAGUGCAUAAAAAGUCAAAGAAAGACUCUUCUGCUCCAACUAAAGGAAAAGGGUCAUCUGGAACAGUGAAACAAUCAACCAACAUGAAGAAAUUGAGUUCAACGCAGCAUGAUAUUCCUUACGUGAUUCAUGCUCCAAAGAGUUUCGAGGAAUUGAUUGCUCUAGUCGAAGAUCGAUCUAAUGCAGAUGUUGUUACAAUUGUAAACCGUAUCCGGACAACAGAUUCAAUUAAGCUUGCAGCUGAAAACAGGAAAAAAAUGCAGGUCUUUUAUGGUAUUCUCCUGCAGUAUUUUGCCGUUCUUGCAAACAAGAAGCCAUUGAACAUUGAGCUACUAAACAUGCUUGUCAAACCUUUGAUCGAGAUGAGCGGGGAGAUUCCCUACUUUGCUGCAAUCUGUGCUCGACAACGGCUUCUGAAGACCCGUGCACAAUUUUGCGAGGCUAUCAAGAAUCCAGAGGAUGGAUGCUGGCCUUCUUUGAAAACCUUGUUUCUCUUGAGGCUUUGGUCCAUGAUUUUUCCGUGCUCUGAUUAUCGUCAUGCUGUGAUGACCCCUUCGAUAUUGUUGAUGUGUGAAUAUCUCAUGCGCUGCCCCAUCUCCUCUGGUCGUGAUGUUGCCAUAGGUUCCUUCUUGUGCUCCAUUGUUCUCUUGGUUGCUACACAAUCCAAAAAGUUUUGCCCUGAAGCCAUACUAUUUAUCCGGACUCUUCUGAUGGCUGCUUCAGACAAAAAUUUACCACCAUUUGAAGAAUCUGAGUUUUAUCAUUUCAUGGAGUUAAAAACGCUGACUCCAUUCCUGUGCAUACAAGACGACGUAAAGGAGGUUGUGCCAUUAAACUUCCUACAGAUAAUGGAUCAGCCAGCAGACUCUCCAUAUUUCAGCUCUGAUGAAUUCAGAGCAAGCAUCCUUUCAAGUGUAGUGGAGACUCUCAGAGGUUUUGUGGAGAUAAACGGAGGAUUGAGUUCCUUUCCAGAGAUCUUCAUGCCCAUCUCAGCUUUACUACACCAAGUUGGGAAUCAAGAAAAGAUCCCACAAACUCUUAGGGAGAAACUUGUAGAUGCUGCGCAGCUAAUCGAAAAGAAAACCGAGGAGCAUCACAAGCAACGCAAGCCACUCGCUAUGCGUAAACAAAAGCCAGUAGCCAUCAGAAUGGUCAAUCCCAAAUUUGAAGAGAACUUUGCAAAAGGCAGGGAUUACGAUCCAGACAAGUACCGUUCAGACAUGAAAAAGUUGAAGAAGAAGCUAAAUGAGGAAAGGAAAGGAGUGGUGCGUGAGCUGCGCAAGGACAGCUACUUCAUGAGCGAUGUGAAAGCAAAAGAAAAGGCUGUGCAGGAGCAAGAGAGGGCAGAGAAACAUGGCAAGAAUCUGGCUUUCCUUCAAGAACAAGAACAUGCUUUCAAAUCUGGACAACUUGGUAAAGGCAAAGGCAACAAGAAGAGAAAGCGUUAGAUACCACUUUCAAUACCUUUGUGGUUCUAUUUUUAUGGGAUUUUUCUUUUUAUUGGAUAAUUGAGAAAAUUUGAGUUAUAUUCCUAAGAAUUCCAAGAAAAUGCUUUAUGCUUACUAAUAACAUUGUUUUUGGUAAGUGUUAGGAUUAAAACUUGCCCUU